AUGACUGGGUUUCCCAAGUCACCCAUGAAAAACCACUUAAUGGUCGGAUUAAAUGCUAACGGAAAUAUUCACAUUAUUGUUGGCACAAAUUCAAUCGCUGCUGGCAGAUGUUCACAAUCUCUAGGCGCGGGCGCGAGGCCAAUCCUCAUCGGCCCAGAUACUUCUGAUGUUGACUUUGGGUUGCAACGAAAAAUAAAUGAAGGGCUAGUUCAAUGGAUAAAACGGGACUUUGAGGAACAAGACUUAUUUUGUCUUGGGAGAGAUGAUGUUGGAGGAGUGGUGGAUGCUGUUUUCAUAACGGAUUCUGCGAGUCAUCCACAAAGUAGUAAGAUAUCCGAGCUUUGCAGAUAUAGCCGCAUCCCAGUUAAUGCCAUCGACGCUCCCCAUCUCUGCACAUUCACACUUCUCUCCACCUACACCGACGGUCCUCUCCAGAUUGGAGUAACCACAAACGGUCGUGGUUGUCGGCUGGCCGGUCGCAUUCGACGUGCCGUUGUCAGCUCGCUUCCACCGAAUCUGGGAGCUGCGUGCGAACGGCUUGGGGCUGUGCGGCGCAGCCUAAAUCCGAUGUCUGUGACGAUACCAGGGGAGUGGGACGACUGCACUGAACAGAGCCAGCUCCUCAACCGCAUCAAGACAGGAGAGGACGCGAAAGAAAGGCAGAUACGAUGGCUCGCGCAAGUUUGCGAAUAUUGGCCACUAAAUCGCCUUGCUGCGAUUACAGAUGCAGACAUCGACGCAGUAAUGACACCAUGGUCGAGCAGCUCAUUACCGACGAAGCGCAAAUGUGAGACUGAGGUCGAGAUUAUUCCUGUUAAAACUGGGCGAAUCAUCCUAGCCGGAAGCGGGCCUGGUCAUCCUGAUCUCAUUACUCAUGCCACGUACAAGGCCAUCCAAACUGCGGAUCUUGUGAUAGCGGACAAGCUUGUCCCGAGCAGCAUCCUCAAUCUGAUUCCAUGCCGAACUCCAGUCCAUAUUGCGCGCAAGUUCCCCGGAAAUGCCGCUGCCGCACAAAAAGAGAUUGAAAUGCUUGCGAUUGAUGGAGUACAGUCUGGAAAGGUAGUGCUUCGCUUGAAACAGGGUGAUCCGUUCGUAUAUGGCCGUGGCGGAGAGGAAGUGAUCACUUUUCAACGAUUGGGGUUGGGGAGCAGGGUCACAACAAUACCAGGGAUUACAAGUGCCCUAGGAGCUCCUCUACUGGCUGGAAUUCCCGUCACUCACCGAGGUGCAGCGGACCAGGUGCUAAUUUGUACAGGAACAAUCCAGGAUGGUAAAUCGCCUAUCCCGCCGGAAUACGUACCCUCCCGGACUGUUGUAUAUCUGAUGGCUCUUCAUCGGAUUAAGGACCUCGUUCAGGACCUUGUUUAUGGGGGGACUGCUAGGGAACGGAUGAUCGAGAGAGACGCGGGGAGAACUCUCUGGCCGCUUGAUACGCCGUGUGCUGUCGUCGAACGCGGAAGCUGUCCCGAUCAGAGGGUUAUACGGAGCACACUGGAGUAUAUUACUGAGGCAGUAGAUGCAGUAGGUAGUCGACCGCCUGGACUACUUAUGCUUGGCGCUACUUGUCAUAUUUUGGGCGGUCGUUCUACGCAUCCGUGGGUUGUUGAAGAAGGGUUCCAAGAGUUCAUGGCUCAUGACGGUUGUACGUGGAUGAGAGGUUAA